UAUUACGCAAAUCGCAAAAUGAUAUAGGACUUUCUUUUCAGCUUCACUUAAUCUAUCUCCACCUUUUCGGUCGAUACUUCCCUACCGGACACCCUGUAUAAUUACUAAUAUAAAAAAGAAUAUAACUUGUAAUAACUGUAUAUUAUCUACCAGGGCACCUAUUAUCAAGUAUCAACGAUUCCGUUCGAAAACGUGCGUUUCCGACAACUGAGUUUCCGAUUCCGAUUUCGUUUCUGUCAUAGAACUAUUACACAUCUCGUCGAAAUCGGAACGGAAUUGGCUUUCCGUAUGUUUCACUAGAUACUAUUUGAAAAUAAGUGAGACGAGAGGAACGGACGAAUUGGACUAUUUGAACGAAUCACAGUACAAGAAAAGAAUCUAGAUUUGAAAUGCAUAUACCGGCACAAUGGGAGACAGCAUAAGAAAGAAGACCACAACGGAACAGCGACUUAUUAUGUUACAUUUUAUGGAAGAGCAUCGAGACCUAGCUCAAAAUCGUAUACAAGGCCCAAACGGAAAGAAACAAGCAGCUCUUUUAUGGGAACAGCUUGCAACAAAGUUAAAUAGCUGUGGUAGUGGAACCACUAAAUCUAUCGAUAAGUGGAUAAAAUCAUGGAGAGAUUGGCGCACGGAUACAAAGGCAAAAGCAGCAAAAAAUAGAAAUUAUUGUCGAGGCACUGGAGGAGGCGGUCCUAGUCCUACUCCUCUUCUUGAAAUAGAAGAAAGAUUAAUUUCUUUAAUAGGCGUGGAAUCAGUUACUGGACACUCUAAUGUAAUAGAUCCUGCAGAGAUAUUGACGUUCAAAUUCUCCAUGAAAUGAAGACCCAGACAACCGUACUAAAUAAAAUAAGCGAGGCAAUAUCUGAUAUUGCUACUUCUAUAAGGAACUUUACAAAUCUAACUUCCGUGGCAGAUACAAACGAAGAUAUGGAAAUGUAUUCUACGGAAGAUCAAUAACAACAUGAAUAUAUAAAUGUUGUUCAUGAUAUUCUUUUCUACUUAUAAUAUCUACUUUUCUACUUAUAAUAUCUAAUAUGUAUGCAUAUUUAUUUUUUAAAUAUACUGUUUUAGAGAAAGGAUAA